GCUCAGUCAGGCACAUCUGUUGAGCCCCUGCAGCGGCCAUGACGCACACCAAACUUCUCCAGAGUUGCUGUUUCUUCCUCGCACUGUUAGUGAUGAACAAAUCAGCCCUGAUUGGUAAAAGCCACAGCAAGGGCAAAGACAACCCAGUGCUGCAGUAUGUGGUCAACAACUCAGUGAGAGAGCCGCAGGUCAUGGAAAAAUUGCGACUGAAAACCAUGGAGGAUACUUGGAAUAUUAUGAUGGUGCCCCCUGAACAGGCACAGCUGAUGGCCAACCUCAUUAGACUAAUCAAAGCCAAAAAGGCUAUUGAAGUAGGCAUGUACACUGGAUAUAAUACACUCAAUGUGGCACUAGCAAUGCCAGAAGAUGGAAAAGUGAUAGCCUGUGAAAUCAAUCAGGAAUAUGUUAACAUGGGCAAACCCUUUUUCAAAGAGGCUGGAGUGGAGGACAAAGUAAAUAUUCAACUACAGCCCGCUCUAAAAACUCUCGAUGACCUACUCACAGCGGGAGAAGCGGAGACCUUUGACUUCGUUUUUAUUGAUGCAGACAAAAUCAAUUAUGACAAUUACUAUGAGAGAUCCUUGCAGCUCAUCAGGAAAGGAGGCAUCAUCGCCAUUGACAAUGUGCUCUGGAGUGGAAGGGUCGUUGCCCCCGCCGACGAUGACAUCACCUCCCAGGCUCUUGAUGCGCUGAACAAGAAGCUGCAUAAAGACGACAGGAUAGAUCUUAGCAUGCUGACUGUUGGAGAUGGACUCACCCUGGCAAUUAAACACUAAUUUAGAUGCUCAGGUGCUCCCUCACCUGAUAUUCUCAAGUCCAGCAGCAAUUUGGCCGUGUUACAGACGGACACAAUAUCAUUUUCAUUCUGCAAAAAAAUGUGAUGAGUGGGUGCUCUCUGCACAGUAUCGGGCAUUUCUGGUGUGCAGUAAGAGACAGAGAGGACAUGAAUUUUAAUUAAUGUGCAUAACAUUUUUACAAAGUUGAACAUGAUCAGAAAUAGGCUACUUGUUUUUCUUUUUUUCCCCCGAUAGGUUAACAAAUAUUCCUUACAUAGUGAACGUCUUAAUUUUCCACACAAGAAAUCAACAACAAUGUAUUUCAAAAGAUGUAACUAACAUUUAAGUACUUAUUGAUAUAGAAUACAUUUAGAAAAGGUAAGUAUAUUUGAUAUUUCUUUGCAGCCUUUGCAAAGACGUACGGAAUUUCAGUUCUCAACCUUAAUGACAUGUCAAGACAGCCCUGAAAUGAUGUACUUGCCAGUCUUAUAUAAUAAAGCAUGUUCAUUUUGGAAAGGAUUAUAAACUUUUUUUGUUUCGCAAAUUGAAUUCUGUAAUAAAGGGACAUUGACCUGAA